AUGCGAGCUGAGGAUGGUGGACUUUCUGAAAUCCAUAGGGCUGUUGGAAACAAAAAUUGCCAUUUUCAGUACUGUGUUGGGUGUUGCCUGGAAUACGGUGACGCUACCUGUCAAGCCCCACCAAAGAUACGACAUCCUCGUGUGGCCAAAAUCUUCAGGGAACAUACCACCACAAAGUGUAUGCGACCUUUUGGUGGUGGUGAGGUAUAUGAGUCACAUAAAGAAACGGGCAGCCUAAAGUGCCCUUUUCAUGACUGUCCUGGGUGCUGCACUGCAUGUGGCACCAGCGCCUGUAAGAUUCAUUCCUACCCCAAAUCCAAUCUCCCUUCUGAGAAACCGUUUGGUGAAGGCACAGCAUCAUCAUUCCCAAAGGAAAGAUGUCAUCUAGGUUUGUCCGAAGAAGAUGGGAAAUUUACUUGUCAUGUUUGCCAGUCCAAUUUUAUUGGUUUUGUCAAGGAAGGUGAAAAGGUUGUUUGUCUGGCGUGUCAUGGUGAGACAUACACGGUAGGAAGCUUAAAGCAGCACAAGAAAAGACUUCCACAUAUAAAGAAUCUGGAAACAUGGGUGGAGAAAGAAGAAGCCAAACGCCAAAUGACUCGGCGUAUAAAUCAACUAGAAGAAUUGUUGGAAGCACCAUCAACUGACAAUAUGAAUGAUGCAGAAACCUCUGCUCGAGCUCCCAAGGAGUCUGUUGAUACUUUUGAAUCCCAAAGGACGGAAUUGGACCCUUGUUGGACAUUGACAAAAAUUAGAAAAGCAUUUCAAUAUCACGGAAGAGAACUUAUGCAACAAGAAACCAGUUCAAUCACGUUAUGCUAUUUCACACUUGCAAUCACAGGCCCAUCAACUCGCAAUAAAUACUUUUGUGAAGAUGGAAGACAAGAGUUUCCUUUGUAA